CGAUAGAUCCGAAGUCCGACUGUCAUCCCUUGUACCUGGUCUCCCAGCAAGCCGGCGGAUUACGUAACUACAGGCCAUUUCCCUUCAGACAAGUCCGACGAUCCGUCGGUUCCUAUCAUGAACUCGAUCCAUUUCAACUUGCUCUCUCUUUACUAACCCCAACACGCCGUCCAUCGGAAUCUCGUCUCCCUGUGUCGUUACUCUCACCUUAGGAAAUAUUUCAAUGAUUGCCCAUCUGAAGCUCCUCGCAUCUCCGCCACCUCAGUCAUCGUCCAGCCACGCAGAGCACUCCUCGAAUGGGCUACGCGUAGCUGGCCGCCGCGUUGCAUGUGCCGGUACGACCGGGAGCGAUAGUCCUUACGUGAGGCCGGAUCCUGGGAUAUCAUGUCUGAGGGUCAGUCUUUAAGGCCAGGCCGGCUACCGAUCUUAGGCCUUUUCCUCCGAUGGGGAGCCAGAAACCGCCCCGUACGCGAUGAUGGCGAUGACGACCAAGCUUUGCUGGAAGAUGAUCCUCUCAGCAUUCCCCUGGAGAGCCGUGGUGUCGCUUCCGGUUCUGCCCAGCUGCCCUCGAUCCGUAUAGACGGCCAGCCCCUGACGACAGCGAAGAAUCGUCGCUUCGGCCGCCUGAGGGGCAAUUCGCCUUGUCACUUCGCCAUUUUCGUCACUAUGUUAGUAGGGUUGCUGCUGGCCGUUAUAUUACCUCGUCAACGCCCGCGCCCCGCUCCCCUCGUCAGCGACGGCCUGCUACCUUGUGGUAGCUCUAGGUACUCCAUCGACAAUCACACCUGUUACCGCGUGAAGUUCCUCUGCCCCGUUCUUGAUAGAAAGCGCACCUUGCGAUGCGGCGGUGAUUGCUAUCUACCCCAAAGAUACUCGUGUGAGAAUGGGCGAUUGGUCCCAUCCCAAAAUCCCGACUCUCCCAUCAAACCGCCCUCCGAGGGGGCUGAUGGGGCGUCGUGUGCACCUACUUAUCUUCACCUGAGUGACCCUCCGUACGAGAAUUAUUUUGUGUCAGAUUGUGGCAGUGCGAGUCAAGUUGUGGUAACCAGUCCGCUCCACGAUAGUAAUCUGAAAAUUACUGGCCCAAGACUUCUCCCUCGUGAAAAGAUUGCUUGGCCAGCUGGGAAUAGUGGCCUUGUGGCUUACUUCUCGCCAUCCAGUGGUGUUGAUGGGUCACUCGGCAUCUUUCUCGAGAACACCACCGGCACCAACCACACGAUAACUCCGCUGGUCAGCGGCGUGACGGGUGUCUUGUCUCUCAAUUCAUCUGCAGUCUUGGACCUGGCCAUUUUGGGGAGUAUCAGAACGAUACGAGAUUUCGCCGAAGGGCCAAGUACUCUCCCGCCAAAAAUUCAACGUGCUAUCGAGACCCAUCAGCUGCCCGAUGGGGGAAUCCAGCUUAACCGCGUGUGGCUUGAUAGGACCACGGAGAUGUUCCUAACAAUGCACCGCGUCGACAAAACUUCGAUACCCAUCGAAAAUGGCCGUCCGCGUCUGGCGCCGGGUUCUUAUCUCUUUAACGCCUGGCACAGCUAUCCGCACCUCGACCAACUCAGUGCGACGGAUGUCCUCAACCCCACAUCUCACUCCCUCAUUUCGCAACACCAGGCUGAGGUAGACUCGCUCAUUUUCCUUUCCUACAAAUCGAAGAUCCUGGCUGGUGCUUGGAGGUUCCUGACGUACUUUGGACGUGAUAGCCUAAUCUCGCUCCUUCUCCUGCGGCCUGUCCUCAGCGAAGGAGAGGGAGGAGCUGUCGAAGCUAUCCUCGGUGCGGCUAUCGAGCGAAUUGACCCAAAUGAUGGAAGUGUAUGUCACGAAGAAACAAUUGGCGACUACGCAUCCUACCUUAACGGCCAGCGGGGCAUCGACAGCGCGGACCCUCUCUGCGAUUACAAGAUGAUCGAUACGGAUUUCUUUCUGCUCAUCGCCAUUGACGAGUAUCUGACCCGCUCUAGGAUCGGACAAGUGCGCCGCGAGGCCUUCCUUGCCACCGCGGCAUCUGUCCUCCCGUCGAGCCGCGGGAUGAAAUAUGCGGAUCUUUGCCUAGCUACUGCGGAAAAGAUCAUGAAACUGACAGCUAGUUUCGAAGACUCACCCGUGAAGCAAAACCUAAUACACCUCCGCAAAGGCCAGACGGUAGGACAGUGGCGCGACAGUGGUAAUGGCUUAGGCGGGGGCCGUGUUCCUUAUGAUGUUAAUACAGCUCUAGUGCCGGCGGCACUCAAGGCGAUUGCGUCGCUAUCGAGUAGCGGACUCUUCCCCUCGCAUCCAGAUUGGAGCACUAUAGCGAGCAGGCGCUCCACGUUCUGGGAAGACAAUACGCUUUCGUUCUUUCAGGUGAAUAUCACAGCAGACAGGGCCCAAGACCUCGUCGAUGGCUACAUUAGCCAAACAGGGUUUCCUGGGAAGAUUGACAUUGGUAGCCUAGACUCGCCAGUCAUGUUUCACGGCCUCGCACUCGACGGGGAAGGCGGCCAGCCACUUGUCAAAGUAAUGAACACAGACGAUUGCUUCCGGCUUUUCCUCCUAAACAGCACCGAUCAAGUUCAAUUGUCCGCCUUCCUUUCCCAAACGGCAUACAACAUCAUCCGUCCAUUCCCUCUAGGCCUUUCCACCCCCGUCGGGCUCGUUAUCGCCAACCCCGCUUACGGCGAGGCGACCGUUAAGGUUGAGGAGUUUUCCCAAAGCGCGUACCACGGUGCCGUAGUCUGGAGUUGGCAGCUUGCCAUGAUGGCGGCAGGGUUGGAGAGACAGCUUGAACGAUGCGAGUACGAGCAGCUUGCAUUCUGUGCCGAUGCCGCCUUGCGCGGGCGCGUUCUCGAAGCGUACAACCAUCUAUGGGACUUGAUCGACGCGAAUAGCGAGCAUCUCAGCAGCGAAGUCUGGAGUUGGGCGUAUAGCGACGGCGACUUCCGAUACAUGCCGCUGGGUGCCUUAGCACCUCCUGACGGACAGAGCCCAGUUGAAAGCGAUAUCCGGCAGCUCUGGAGCCUAGCCUUUCUAGCAGUGAAGAGGAGUAAAUCGUACGGACGGUCCUAGCCUGCUGGGCGGUUAGCACGGCUCCGGGUCGCGUGCCGCAGCGUUAGGGAGGGUGCGUAACUGGAGCUCUACGAGGUACAGCUUCUCUUCUUCCCCCCUGCCUUCCCCGUCUCGCCUCUCCUCCUCUCCUCCCUUUCUCUCGAUGCCACGUCUAGUCUAGGCGAGAGAGAUCUUCAGACAAUGCCGCCUGUGUAGCCAUAUCGAGUAGGGUUGGUCUUGGUUUCAGUUCCACAAACGCACCGCGAGAGGCAGAGGCCUCCGCUGGGCGGCUGAGUCGUUGCCAUGUAGUCAACGCAACACAG